UUACACAGCGCCUAAAGGGAGACAGAAAAAGAAAGAAACAAAGCGUGAAAUGAAGAUGAUUUAAAACAAAUGACGUUUCCAGUCGCGUAAGAGAUUCGAGAGAAGACUCAAGAUGCUCAAUAUGAAACGACAAAUUAACACGGCCUAUCUUGCUGAAGCGGAAAAGACUUACACGAAGGACGUGUGACAGUGUUUGGUUUAAUUCACUGGGACUCACAACUGUACAGCGCUGUGGCGAUGAUGGUACUACCAAGAAGCACUUUAGGAUGCCUGGUGUGCUUGCUGGGUUCUGUUGCCUUGGGAUAUAGACCCUUCUAUGGGGACGCACAAUCCGUCGGAUAUGGACACUGUCUCCCCAAAGGAUUACAAUGCGUGAACUUGCCACAGUGUCCUCUGAUUGGGCGACAGGUGCAUCAUUCAUCUAACCUUCUCCUAGCCAUGGCAAAACUUAACGUGUAUAUAUGUGGGUUUAAACGUGGAACUGUUCAAGUGUGCUGCCCCAAACACACUCUGAUUCACCCCACGUCCAAACCACGAGUCACAGGAAUGCAACCGGAUACUUCUCUAGUCCGACACAGGAACUUCAACCUGAUCAACAGGAACUGUGGCAUAGGGCUGACGGACCGCAUUUCGGGCGGACAGAACGCUUCGCCCGGCGAGUUCCCUUGGUUGGCAAUCCUUCUGUACAAUGUGUCCGGCGAGCUGCAGUACCUGUGUGGCGGGUCCCUCAUCACAGACAUGUACGUCUUGACUGCAGCUCACUGUAUCACACCCACCAUCAACAACCCCUCAAUGAAACUGGUUGGUUUGAGGCUGGGAGAGUACGACUUAAAUAGCGAAGAAGAUUGUUCCCUGAACAACAGCACUGUCCAAUGUCCAGACGCUUCUAGAGACUACGCCCUCUCAGAAAUUGUGCUACACUCAGGGUUCAAACCGCAGGACAGAAUACAGUUCAAGAAUGAUGUCGCACUUAUCCGCCUGCGGAGCAGGGUGCACUUCUCAGAAUACGUACAACCAGUAUGUCUUCCAGUCCCCGGCAGGCUGACCACGAAGAACGGCAUUCUGUCUGGCCUCCAACUGACCGUUGCCGGUUGGGGAAUGACCGAAAAGAGUGCGUAUGGUCUUUUGUAACUAAGUACAAGUAGA